GCAGUAGUUAGUGUGGUUAAGAUCGAUCGCGCUGCUGCACUUCCUCACGAUAUCCAAUACCAGACUGCCGUUCUUCUUUUGCGCUCUCCAAAACCCUGGAACCCUGAAAUUCAGUUCGCGCGCUGCCCUAUCGCACCCUUUCUGGCAAAGAGAACAUUUGUCGAAGCUUUUUGACGAUCUAGGGCUUUCUGCAAUGUCGGCCUCAUUCGCGCCAGAAUGCAACGAGGUGAAAGAGCGUUAUGAUACGUGUUUUCUGAAGUGGUACAGCGAGAAAUACUUGCGGGGUGCUGGAACUAGCAACAAGAAUGAGUGCGAAAGUCUUUUCAACGAUUAUCAGAAAUGUUUGGGGGUCGCCUUGAAGAAGAAGGGCAUCGACAAACUGCUUGACGAGGCAAGGGAAGAUAACAAAGAAAAUGAUGCAACCCAUAUGGGGCGGAGGUAGCCGGACAAAUAGAAAACAAUCAAAGCAGACAUCAUAAAGAUCUUGUAAAAUAAAUUCCACUCCAUCAUAUUUGUUCCAACCCUUUCUCUUUCUCCCUUGUCCUCAUUGACUGGCGACAUAUGGAUAUCCUGCUUAUACUGGGCACUGGUUGGAUAACGAGCCCAAGGCCAGAUCCAUCUGAAAUCAGAACUUAGUGCAUCUCUUAAACAGCAAUUUAAUCAUUCUCCUCUCUGCGGUUUACCUAUUUUUUUCGGGAUUUCAAAUGGUUAUUUGUUGCUUAUUCUCAUUGUAUAGCCAUGGAUUCAACAUGAAUGAUCUCCC